GCGUUUUUACUUUUUUAUUUUUUUAUUUGUUUUUGCGUAUCUGUUCGCUUGAAUCGCAGUAUCGAGUGUUUUGUUGGCAUCGCAUUCGACAGGCACGGCACGACAAGAGGACAAGACACGACUCCGACUCCAACUCCAGAUCCAGCUCCGACUUCGACUUUGACUUGGAGUUCGACUUGGACUUGGACUCCGAGUCUGAUUCGCGGCUUGCGGAUAAUGCAUAACGCAUAACGCAAUCGCAAUCGUUUGCUAAUCCGCCUGAUUUUCGCAAGCAGAUACAGAUACAGCUACAGCUACAGCUACAGAUGAAUCCCACUCCAGAGAUAGAUACGCGAAACUGAAAACUGAAAACAGAAAACAGAAAAAAAAGAGGCGAUUUCGUUGUGCUCCAGUUGGCUGUUGCUAACCCAUUGUUGCCACUUUGGGCUGUCAGCCGUAACUCACAAUUGAAUUGUUCCUUUGUCUUCUGUGUGUAUUGUGUGUCGCCUAUAUAGUGCCUCCUUCCUUCUCCAGCAUCUCCUGCAUCUCCGCCAUCUCCUUUAUCUCCUUCAGCUCCUACUCCUUUAACUGACUACCCCGUUUCCGAUUUUGGUUAACGCUUGCAGUUUCAAAUAAUUGGCAUACGCCUGACGUCUGUCCACGUUUGUAGUUUGCCGCCUAGAUCCGCAUACGGAUUUCAACUGGGAAUUGAGCUGGGAAUCAGGCAUCGCUAUCAACGCUAUCAUCGUUAGCAUUAUGCUGGUGCCGCCGGACAUGUUGGCCGCCCAGACGAGCAUGAUUUACCAGCUGAAUCGCUUCUGUGCGGAACGCGUCCAAGCUCGCAUCUUCAAGACGGCAACAGCAAUCCGAGAGAUCUGUAAGAUUGUCCAGGCCAUACUGAAGGAGGUGGAACUGCAGGAACCGCGCCUCAUUUCCAGCCUGGUCGAGUGCAAUGGCAGGUUCGAGGGCGUUGAGGUUAUAUCGCCGAAUGAGUUCGAGAUCGUGCUCUACCUCAACCAGAUGGGUGUCUUUAACUUCGUCGACGAUGGCACCUUGCCGGGCUGUGCGGUGCUCAAGCUGAGCGAUGGACGCAAGCGAUCCAUGUCGUUGUGGGUGGAGUUCAUAACGGCUUCGGGUUAUUUGUCGGCGCGAAAGAUACGCUCCAGAUUCCAGACGCUGGUGGCUCAGGCGUGCGACAAGUGCAUCUAUCGGGACAUGGUGAAGAUGGUCGGCGACACCAGCGAGGUGAAGUUGCGCAUUCGGGAGCGUUAUGUUGUGCAAAUAACGCCGGCAUUCAAAUGCUCCGGCAUUUGGCCACGUUCGGCAGCGCAUUGGCCUCUGGCCCAUAUACCCUGGCCGCAUCCGAAUCUCGUUGGAGAGGUGAAGACGGAGGGAUUCGAUCUGUUGUCCAAGGAGAGCGUCAUCAUGCAGAACAAGAACAGUAAUGCGGCUAGCAUGGAGGGCGAUGCUUGGACACUGAGCUUCUUUGAGGCCGAGAAUCGAUUGCUGCAAGGUGGCUGCCGUCGUCGCUGCCUGAGCAUAUUGAAGACGCUGCGUGAUCGUCACUUGGAACUGCCCGGCAAUCCCAUCCAGGCGUAUCAUCUGAAGAAUCUGCUGCUCUACGAGUGCGAGAAGCAUCCGCGCGACAUUGAGUGGGACGAGUGCUGCAUUGCGGACCGUUUGAAUGGCAUAUUCCUGCAGCUAAUCUCCUGUCUGCAAUACCGUCGCUGUCCCCACUACUUCCUGCCCAGCCUCGACAUGUUCAAGGGCAAAACACCCAGCGCCUUGGAGCAGGCCGCCAAGCAGGUCUGGCGAUUGACCCGUGAGAUGCUCACCAAUGCCAAUGCCUUUGAAAAGUUGUAAACUAAAUAACUAACACAUUGUGCGACAGAGACAGACAGUGUGAGAGAGAGAGAGAGUGUGUG